AUGCCAGCUCGGGGUCGUUCCCCGGCUCCCAGCCUUCCACCUGUCCUUGAUGAGGCUACUGUUCCCUUUUCCGACCUUUUCAAGAGCGGCUUCGAUCCUGCAGCCAUCGAUGCUGCGACCCAGCUCGCCGAUCGAAGCAUCUUUGUGGCCUCCAACGGGAGCCGCUAUCGCAUCGAGAAAAUCCCAGAUCAGACCCCCGUCGAAGGUCGCGUGACUACCUUGACUCCGGUUUCUGCUGCCGCUGCUGUUGCACGACCAGCCUCUCUAUACGCGUCAGGUUCUACCCUUUCAGGGUCGCCAGCUUCUCUCCCGCCGCCGCAAUUACACGUACACGCCCCUCCUGGGACCGGCCUGGGUUGGGGACGGUCUCCGUCCAAUGCUAGCUCGUACUCGCGCUCCUCCGGCGCACCCUCAACUCGAUCUGGGUAUGCCGGGGCCGCUUUCCCUGCGCCAGAGCCAAGAGCGUCGAUCCACGAAGUUUCGAAUACGAUGGCGCAACUCAGCAUCAACGGCUUCGGCGCAAGGCCGUUGUACGGAAUGUCGGACGGCGGAGUGCAAGCGGCUGAGACCCUUACGGAUCCCGACCUCGCCCCCAGAGCACCGAUGAUACCAGGGAGCCCUGGGCGGGAGAUGGCCUCACCGAGGGCGUCAUAUGCCCAUCACGAACAGCCAUCACAUUAUCAGGCCGCGUCCUGGGGGCCGCACGACUACCCCAGCCCAGGCGCCGCGCCGCAAUAUUGGACGAAUGUCAACUAUGCUAGUUACACAACGCAAACAUAUGCACACCUUCAGAGUUCGCGACAAAACGCAACAGCAACGACGGGGCUCCCGUCGCUCCUAGAAGACGCCACACCCUUGCCGCCUCCUCCACAUCGAGCUUCCGACCCGACCUCAACUUUUUCGUCAGGAUCACCAGACAAGGAAGCGUGGGAUGGGCAAGGGGUUGGGACUGGGUACCCCUAUCAUCCGCUCCACCCUUCGAUAUCAGCGCCAUCGUUCGUCGGACGGAAACCGACUUAUGUGAAUACGGGACCGGGCGAUAUCGAUACUCUGACCCCCGUGGUUGUGCAUGAUCAUGCGCAAUCUACCGCGAGUGACGGGGCAAUGAAAGCAAGCAAUGCGCAACUCAUCCCCGCAUACGCAUACGAUCAGCGCUUGCCCAAUGUCGUGUACAUUCGCGAUAAGGAAAACGACAAUGUCAAUGGGUAUACGCAGGGAAAUAGCAGGCCAAGUGGCAUCUAUCAGUUCUCGAGCUUGAAAGAACUCUUUGACUUCCAGGCUAAACUUACGGGCGAAAAGGUCGUCCUGGACAUCGGCAGCGUCCGCAUGGUAACGAUUAGCAAAGCCAGCAGCCGGUCGAGCACCCAGUUUUCAAGUGCACGGUUGCAGAUUUGGCACGAACCAGAAGGCCGGCGAACAGCGCAAUCGGAUGUCGCGUCGUUCGUCACAGCUGGCACCGCACUAUCGGGGCCUUUGAGGGAGAGGCUUGUGGCAAGCUCUUCGAGGCUGAUGUUGUAUUUGGGACGGUCGGGGGGGUAUAUUACCGUUUUUACAGCGCACCUAGAACCAAACCAAGGAUCCGAGCCCGCAGGAUUUGAUAUCCACGGCAAAUCCGUUGAGGUGGACGUCGGGUCGGAUUACGACUCGUACAAGACGUUUGAGAUUGAGUUUGAGAACUCGCCGAAUAAGCGGUUGCAGAGAACCGCGGCGCAGUCAGCCCAGGCUCCGAAUAUUGAAUCGGCUUGCAGCUUUCCCUUGCGCGGUAGUGGAACGUUUGUCCAUGCGGCAACCGAGUCUUGCUUUACCGGUGAUGAAACUGGCGCACUCGAGGGUAUGUCUAUUGUUGCCUUGCUCGUCUUUCUCGUCGUCCGAGCGCAAUGUGGUCGGUAG